GGGGGAGAUGGGGAAGGAGGUAGCAGCAGCUCCUCCUGUGCAUCGUUGCCUCGUCCCCCCGCUCGCCGGCUGAAGCACCGCGCUCUGCUCCCCGAGGUCGGAGGUGCCUCCACCGCCCUGGGCACCGCUGCCGCACGCCGGAGCCGCGCUUCCCUUCGUGGUUUCGCCGUGCAACUGUUGGGAAAAGUGGCUGUGCGCGGGCAGCGACUCAGCGCAAGGUAAUUCUCUAAUGGACCAAUGAAAGCCAACGAUGACAAGUUGUGGUCAACAGUCCUUGAAUGUGCUGAUGGUUCUGCUCUCAUUACUCCUGUCAGCAGUGCUGUCCGCGCAUUUUCGGGUCUGCGAGCCGUACACGGACUACAAAGGUCGCUACCACUUUGGUUUUCACUGCCCCCGUCUCUCUGACAACAAAUCUUACAUCUUUUGCUGUCACCAUAACAACACAGUGUUUAAAUAUUGCUGCAAUGAGACAGAAUUUCAGACUGUUAUGCAGAUGAACUUAACAGGGAAUGCAGAUGGAUAUAUGCAUAACAACUACAGCGCACUGUUAGGAGUGUGGAUCUAUGGCUUUUUUGUGGUGAUCUUACUGAUACUGGACCUUUUAUAUUACUCUUCAAUGAACUAUGACAUUUGCAAAUUUUACCUGGCCCGCUGGGGAAUCCAGGGAAAGUGGAUGACACAGGGACAGAGACGAUGGAUUAACCCUGCUCAGGACCCAAGACAGACACAGCCUCAGCCAGAGACACAGCCUCAAACUCAGCCCCAGCCCCGAACAUCACAGACAGUACACACUUUAAAAGGAGAUGCUUUAAGCCCACCCCUGGUGUCUUUUCAGAGUACAUCUGCCUGCGUUAAGCGGGCAAUGUAUGUUAGGAUCAGAAAAUUAUAUUGAUGUGCCUCAAGAUGGGAGAGGUAAGACCAGACUUCAAGGAGCAGCUUUCAAGAAAGUCAACUAAAUUAUAAGAGCUGAAAAAAUUAUGGAUAAGGAGGAGAGAGAAAGACUACAAGAGGGAGAUUGAGCAAGUCACCUGAAGACAAGACACCAUUCAAACAACUUGUACAGGCAAAUGAUAUAGAAAGAGUCUCCAGGAUAAAGUAGUCUGUAAGCAAUAUUUUAAUUCUAGACUGACACUAUUAUCUCUGAAAGGAAGCAUCAUAUUUGAGAAAAUGCUCAGUAGGAGGAAAAUUAAGUUGCUCUGGCAAAUCCACACAAAGGUGGAAAACAACCACAAGACAAACCUUUGGUAGAUAACUUUUCUUUGCCUCCCCAUCCAUCAAUUGCCAUUUGAGCCUAAUCUAAGUGUCAGAAUCCUGAAUGUGAGUUUUUCCAAAGUUCUCUGGUGAACAUUUUAUCGCAAUAGGGUAGAUGCUGGUGAUUCACAUCACUGUUAACUGUAUUGUCCUAUGCAUUGCAAGGUAAGCAGAGCCCUUUAAUUGAGUUAGACUGCAGGGUAGCAAUCAUUUUAACCAUAAUGCACAGUUUUAGAUUGCUGGCAAUGAUUUUGCUAAGACAUCAAACAUCUGAGCCCAUCUUAAAUUCAGGUUCUUGAAGAGGGCAACUUUAUUAGGAUGCAACACCAUUCCACCCCCAUACUCCUUGAAGCUGAAACAGAAGAAAAAUCAACAAACUGUAUAUUUCAAACGCAAUAAUACCAUUGUCCCUCUGCUUUACAAAGCAACAGUCCAAUUCCCUCAGCCACUGACUGGCUGCAGAGUUUACCCCACUCAAAUCUCAGAAUCCAUUUGGCAGCCAGAAAGGCAAGGACUCUGCCACAGAAGGAUGUGGAGCACUUGGUCACUAGGUUGCAAUAAGUUGGCUUAACUUUCCACGGGAUGGGGUUAUUUUAAAAUCAUACAGUAUCAAUUACAUAAGCAAAUCCUGUGAAAUUCAGUUCUUUAAGAUAUAUACAUGGAGAACCUGGCAGUGACAAGCAAACAGAGGACUUCAUCUGGAAGUCAUAACACAAAGCCAUGAUAAUGCCAAUUUAAUCCUUCAUGUCUAAUAUUCUGUCCUGCAAAUCUGAGUAACUUUAAAAUAAUCGUGUAUUUUACCAUGUAACCACAACAUGAGGAGUACCUUGUUAAAGAGUAAUCAAAUGUUCCUUUUGUACCUCUUUGGCUGAAUAAAUUUUAGUCUUCUGUUGAAGAACUCAAAAGGGGCACUCUUGUCAGUGAUUUAAUUCGUGACUGCUGAGUUCAGGAUGGCACAUGACUAAAACCAUGCAGGAAUAAGUAGCGUUGGAGGACCCAACAAAGCUGGAAACCACAGGAGUGGAAGUCCAGUCUUCAAAUAAAGCCCAAUCUCCGUACGAUAUGAACAUGCACGUGCCCCUUUUCUUUGCAAACCAGCAACUAAACAUGCUGGGUAUCACUGAGUAGUGGCAGGCAGAACAAAUUCAUGGGUGGGACUGCCACCUUGCAGGCAUUAGACUCCAUCCUGUCCCGGGAAAGUGUGAAGCCUGGCCCAUUCUCACUCAUCACAGAAGCUCCUGCACACACUCCCAGCUUGUAGAGGCCUAAGGGAGCUGCCACAGUGCACGUUAUAACACAGCACCUCAAAUAAAACAGAGUCAAGAUUCUUUAGAUUCACGCUGAACCUGAGAGAUUCGCCUCAUUUCCUAAAAAGAAUAUGUCAUCAGCACUGCUAAAGUUCAAAGCACUUUAGCUGGGAACACAAAGGCCCUCCAGCAAAGACAUGCUGUAAGUAGCUUGCAGAUGCUGGCAGACAGUCCAAGCUGCCCUCUCCUUGAAGAGGAGAGCUCGAUGGGGACAGGAUCCAUGCUCCUGGUGGUGGGAGACAUGAGCUGUAAGGCAGUGCUGGGAAGAACUCCCAAGAAAAGCAAAGGAAACCGCAUAGCUGGAGGUGAUGCCAUCCAUGCCAACAUUAUGCCUCCUCCACACUUCCUCGUUGGCUCCAAGAUCCAUAACCCCUGCAGACACCCAAAAAAGCAUCCACAGUAACCAGUGUGGCGCUCUGCAGUAACUGCUUGGUCCUUUUACCUUCUCCCAGCACCUGCUUUCAUUGUGAGGUAAUGACUGCCACAGAGAGCUUUGGAAAAAGCUUAUGUUCAUAAAGGAAUUUGUAUUAGAUACUGGUUUGUGUGACUUACUGUAUUUUUUAAGGGUUUUUUUCCCUUUGGGAAUUGUGCGUUAUUAAUGAGCAGUUUUAUGCUUUACUUCUAGUACAUCUAUACCUGGUAAUGGAUGUGCUUUUUGUUUGUUUGUUUUCUUUUGUUCUCUAUACAGAGCCAGUUAAUAUAAGGUAGAUACUCUCUGGCUGAAAAUCUGAUUCUGCCUACCAAUUAAUUUAGAGAGAAAUCCAUGUCAUAGCUAGUGAACAAUUUUUCAUCAAUUGUGUUGUUAUAAUCACCUGAUAGUCUCUCUAUUUCAGCAGAAUAAAAGAUACUGAAUAAGACUGAUGCUAGUUGGGCCUUAAAUUAAAGGGAAAUAGUGCACCACGAAUUUCCCUACCACCAUUUCUCUCAGCCCUUCUCUCUUGGUGUUGGGACACUGGAGAAGAGCACUGGCUGCACAAACAGCCACCUGAACACCUCAGCCACCUCUGUAGCUGUGCUCUGGUAUCCCCCUGCAUCUACUUGAUCAAAAUUACGGUGAACCAGAUAAACUGCAAUGAAUUUUUCAGUUACUUCUGCCAAAAGAGACUGGUUCAAACACAAUCUUCCUCUAAAAGAAACGAUCUGGACUAAAAUAGUUGUAUUUUCCUCCAUGUCCAUCCUGAUCUGGUUGGAAAAAUAAGGGAUCUAAAAUUAAGACUUACAAAAGUGUGUAAGUUAUAACCCCUUAUGCGACAAUGGCAGCUGUCUAUCUCAGUGGCUAUUAGUGACCUUCCUGCUCCAGAAGCCUCUUCCCCUGUCCAACUAACUUCCUCUCUUCUGUUUCACUGAGAUCUGUGUCCAACCUCUUAGUAAUUGCUGUGUAUAACGUAGGACAUAAAAAGAUAAGUUAUAAAGCUUGUGCAGGACUUGGUGUUGUACUUUAACCAUCUUUUGUGCCUGGUUAUCGAUUUUACAAAAAACCAGAGUGAAAAUAAUCUGGCCUCUUAAUGUAUAAUUCAGCAUAUUGUAGCAGCUGUUUUAGAGACCUGUUUUUUAUAGUUUUACUACGGCUGUAAUUUCUGUAUGAGGACUGUCCACUUGAAAAAGCAGCGAAGUUAACACGUCAAAAUGAUUUUCUAAAGUCAGUUCUAUUCCACACCUGUGAUUGUGUACGAAAAGUAAAGCAACAAAAACAAAACCUCAACCACUGGCCGGGAAGAAACACCUUUUCUUAGCCUCAAAAGUUCUCUUCUGUAAAACAGACAUUUCUUCUAGUCCUCCUUUUACAAAAGUAGUAAAUUACUAAGAAGGUAAUAUAUAUACAGUACAAUAGUCUAUUUCGAUAGUCAGCGGACUAUUUUAGGCUAAUUAAGCUAACUAGAAAUUCUAGGGUUGCAGUGAUUUCUCUUUAUUGAUACAUUGACAAUAAUACUGUUUACAUAACACUUGAUGUUUGAAAUCAAUACGUGCCAGUGUCCAGUGAUUUGCUAAUCUAGUUUCUGGUCUAAUCCUGUCCUAUUUUUUGCAGCAUUCUCUGACUUCAUAUUAUGAACCAUGUUGUCUUUCUAAAGUGAUUGCCAAGUAAACCAAAAAUGUGUUUUACACUGCUAUUGCACUGCUCUCGUCUUUAUACACAGUAGUUUUUAUAAAGAUGUCCUUAGGUUUUAAUAAAUGAGUGUAACGUAAACUAAUCUCUGUAAUAAAACUUGCUUUAGUGUUUCAAA